UGGCCCAAUUGUCGUUCCGCGGAUGCAUGGCUCAUGCUGAUGGCUUUGCAGAUUGCACUACGAAUUCAUCGCCAGGGGGCUAUUUGUUCGGCUGCUAAUGAGUUGAAAGGCUAUGUGUACGAGUCAAAGCGAUGAAGAGAAGGCUUUCGUUGGCGCAUCGAUCGUGCGGCCAUGUCUGUCUCCAUUUUCAUUAAGCGUUUCGUUUGGAUCGUGGGCCGGAGUGCGCGCGCCCCGCAAGCGUCGACGCUACCGGUCAAGCAUGCUGAGGGCUCCAAGCUUUUUUUCUUUUCUUCUUCUUACCCUUGGGACUACUAGUAGUAGUAUGCUGACAUCAUUCUCUAACCUUCUCACAACAACACCGACUGCCAGCACUAACAGGACCCGCCCUUCGCGUUGCACAUGCACAUGCAAGGUCAUGCUCAUUGUUUGGGUGACUCGAAGCAGGUCCGCUGUGCACCAACCCAACGGCCGACACGCGCAGAAAAUGGGUGCCUAAUGUGACAGGA